AUGGCCGCGGUGAACAACAACGGGAAGAAGAACUUCAAAGAAAAGUUCAAGAAGAAAGGCCCAUGUUGGGAGUGUGGUGGACCACACUUCAAGAGAGAUUGCUGGGAAUUGCCAGAGAACGCAAGCAAAAGACUUAACAACUGGGUCUCCCGGAAGACCAACAAUGGAGGAGGAGAAGUCGGAGGAGCAACAAUCACUGGUUGGAAAGGGCACUCCAUUAUGUGUGCUACAACAGGACUACAAAUGUUCCCGGAUUCCAUGGAAGUCCUGAAUGAUCCAGACAUCUGGGUCGCUGACACAGCUGCAACAACCGACAUGACGAGGCACAUAACAGGGCUAUUCAGAUUGAAGGAUGCCGACAAGAGUGAUUCGGCAAUGACAUCCAACGGCACACUAUCUAACGCAAAGAAGAUUGGGAAAUUGGCCAUGAUCCAAUGCAACAACCAAGGAACAGAACAAACAUAA